UAUUUUUCUUGUUGGCGAGGAUUGGCACUACUGUCGGUAAUGAAUUGUCAAAAAUUUUCACUUUCAAUCCACUAGGGAAAAUGAAAUUAAUGAUAAAUCGAUUGUAAACACAACUAUUUCAAGUAGUACACGUGUCCAAUAACAUUUUUAUUGUCUGAGUAAAAUGAAGUUGAUAUUUUGAAUUCGCAUUGAAAGUUACUGAAAUUGAUCUGAAAAAACUGCUGAAAGAGCUAGAAAAAUGUCAGAUAUCAGCGAUUGGUUUAAAACUAUUCCUGUGUUCACACGGUAUUGGUUUGGCUCAACUAUAGCUUUAACUCUUAUUGGGAGGUUUGGAAUAGUUAGCCCUUACACAUUAAUUCUUCUGUAUGAACCUUUUUUGAAGAAAUUUCAGAUAUGGAGACCCCUUACAGCCUUAUUCUAUUACCCUCUAAGUCCUCAAACAGGAUUUCAUUUCUUAAUAAAUUUGUACUUUUUAUAUACCUACUCUAAGCGAUUAGAAGAAGAUCAUUUUUCCGGUAGACCAUCAGAUUAUUUGUUCAUGCUUUUAUUCAAUUGGAUAUGCUGUGUGACAGCUGGUUUGAUUAUUGGAAUGCCUCUCUUGAUGGAUGCGAUGAUAUUAUCUGUUCUAUAUGUGUGGUGUCAGCUGAAUAAAGAUACAAUUGUUACUUUCUGGUUUGGUACCAGAUUCAAGGCUAUGUAUUUACCCUGGGUGCUGUUUGGUUUCAAUAUGAUUUUAAACGGAAUGGGUCUAACUGAACUCAUUGGAAUUAUAAUUGGACAUUUAUACUUUUUCCUGAAAUUCAAAUAUCCUCAAGAACUUGGGGGCCCUGUUCUCCUUGACACCCCUUCAGUUUUGAAACAAUGGUUCCCUGAUAGGAUAGGGGGUGUACAUACUUUUGGAAUGGCCCCAAGAAGACCACAAACUGGUACCGCGUCUGGUAAUAGAAAUAGUGGGUCAAGCGGUCUCUUCGGAAGACGUAAUUUAGGACAGGGGCAUGUUUUGGGCGGAAGUUAGAAUUAUUUAUUUUGGUAUUUCUUGAUUGAUUCAUUCUUUUAUUUAAAACUCAUAAUAAAUCUUAACUAAUAAA